AUGCAAGCUGCCAAGGGCAAAGAAGCCAUCAACAGUCCGACCCCGCUGCCUGCUUCACAGGAAGGAAGUCAUGCCAGGUACCGCAAACGAGCCACUUACUCAACGCUGGAGAGGUCACAGGCUCUAGAGAAGAACCUACCACGGCCAGUUUCCUACACCAGGAAUCCAAGCUCAGACACACCAUCUAAUCUGCGGCUCGCUCUCCAGCCCCAGCAGCCGCUUCGAAACCGAAAGCAAAGAAGAAGCGGGAUCCGGCAGUGUCCCUACACGGGGUCGGCCAGGUCUUCCCCAUCACCGCCCCAUCACCCGCGCCCCCGCGCUCGGCGCUGCCCGCCCCGCUCAGGCACCUCUCUCCGCGGCGGAAAGGCCUCUCUGCGGACAUCGCGGGCACCUACCGGUGCGGGGCCGGGGACGAGGGUAGGGCAAGGCAGGGCAGGGCCGGGCGACCGUCUGCCCGACGCAGGUGCGGCCAGGAGCGCGGUCUCUCGGGCUGGCUCCCGCUCCUCCUCCCGCGCCGGGACUCGGGGCGCUCUCCAGCGCCGCCUGCUCCCCGCCCCCACGCCCGGCGCUCGGGCUCCCCCCGCGCCGGGUGACCCGCCAAGCCUCCCCCACGCCGCCCGCCCGCCCGCCCUCCCGCGACUAUUCCCGCAUCGAGUGUCCGCGGCCGCCGGGGCGGCGCGGGGGCCCGGGGAGCUGCAGCGGCUGCUGCCCCAAGGAACCCAGCCCCAGGCGGCGACGGCGGCACUCACCCAUAGCGCUCUGCCCCCGGCCCUGUUUAACUCCUUCCGCGCCCGAGUGUCCGCCCGGCCCGCUGCCCCCGCCGACCCAGCCGCCUCCCGCCACCCAUCCUCAGCCUCCAGUCCGCCCUGCCAGGACUCCCCCACCUCGCAGCCCAGGUGGCUAGCCACUCGCUGGGACCUCCUUCCCGGGGCAGGAUCCGGUCUUGUGAGCAUCCCGCGAGGGUCCCAGCUGUUUUGGGGAGUGGGUGGGUGGCGGCCCGCAGCCCUCGCGGCCGCCCCGGCCGCGCCCCGCGGUGGGAGGCUGCGGCUGCUGAGGUCAUUUCCUGUGCCUGGCCGCGAGCUGCCCGCCGAGCGCGGUGCGGACAGAGCGGGCGCGGCGCUGCAGCCGGCGCCGGGGCCGGGCUUUGUGCGGAGCUCCCGGGGACCUUCCUUUGGUCCCACCUCGGGCCGCCACGCCCACCGCGACCCCUGCUGCCGGGGAGCGGAGACCCGGCGGCCUCCGGGGACCCGGCUGGAGCCGCUGCGGGGGCAGAGGCGCGCGUGGUGGCCGGGGUCGCGGCGGGACUCCCGGCAGCUCACUCAGGUGAGCGGCCCCGGGGAUCGGGGCGGGCCGGGAGGGCCGGAGGGGGUGUGUGCCGCCCGGAGUGGGCGUUCGGCCCCGGGGCGGACUGGGCUGACUCCUCGCGGCGGGGAGGGCGACUCCGGAGCAGGUGCCUCCCUACCUGGGAGCGGCGGGACAGGCGCAGGCCACCCGGAGCUCCUGGACACCCGCACUGGGAGGCGGUGA